UAGAAGCUGGGUUACGGGAAGGAGGGACCUCUUUAUACAGGCAGAGCCUUUGAGUGGACGGUUAGGUGUUCACACAACUCUGAUCAGAACAGACAUACUUUCUGAACUCCUUAGAGCUUCUACCUUUGGAUAGGAUAUGACAUUUUGAACAAAGAUUGCUUGGAUUGUAACAAAUCACAAACAAACUGUGGACUAGACCUUUGCAGAAUGAGAAACAUCAUGGACUUGACCUUUGGCUUCUUUUCAUGCGAAUCCAGCAAGAUGACAUCUGAAGCUGAGAUGGCGGUUGAGGAGGGCUACAUAUCCUCCCCGCCCACCCUCCCUUCCAUCCGGCGUUCCAUCCACUUGGGAGUCCAGGUGGGGAUGAGGGGGAGCGACAUCUUCUCGACCAGCAGGGGCACGGUGAGCGAGAGGGGCCGUAACCGCAGCUGGCUACUCUCUAGCAUCAUCACGGUCAAUGUCCUGAUCCUAGGUAUUGCUCUGGUCAGUGGCAGUGUCUUCAACAACGUUAAGAUCAACGCCAUCAACCUGCAGAUCUUCCUCAUCGUCCUCAUCAUCCUCACCACUGCCUGGAUGCUGUACUACACCAUCUACACAUCCAGGGAAGAUCAUGCCGUGCUCUACAAGGAUAGCUAUGCCGGGCCUGUGUGGCUCAGGGGUGGACUGGUGCUGUUAGGCUUAUGCAGUCUGAUUAUGGACGUGUUUAAGAUUGCUAACUACGUAGGCUACCUGCACUGUGACUCUGCUGUGAAGAUAGCGUUCCCUGUCGUACAAGCUGUAUUCAUACUUGUCCAGACAUACUUCCUCUGGCUCCACGCUAAAGACUGUGUACAGCUACAACAGAACAUAACUCGCUGUGGGCUGAUGUUGACUCUGUCUACCAAUCUGAUGUUGUGGAUGGCAGCAGUCACAGAGGAGUCCAUACACCAGACUGUUGUUCUACCAGAGGACGGCAACAGCACACAUUCCUAUGACAUCAGAGCCCCUGGUGGAUCCAGCAGCUGUAACUGCAGCCACUCUGCCUGUGCCGUCUUAGAAAAGGCCUAUUACUACCUGUACCCAUUCAACAUCGAGUACAGCCUGUUUGCCUCGGCCAUGGCCUACGUCAUGUGGAAGAACGUGGGCCGCCUGGUAGACGAGCACAACCACCACUCGCUCCAUUUCCGCCUGAAGAACGUGCUGGUGGGGCCUGCGGUCGGGCUGGUCAUGCUGGUGGCGGGCCUGGGAACCUUCAUCAUCUACGAGGUGGACGUGGUGUCGGGGGACCCGGGGAAACGUGACACGGCGCUGAUGAUACACUACGUGAUGAACACGGUGGCUGUGACGCUCAUGUCCGUCUCGACCGUGGCUGGUUGCGCCAUCUACCGGCUGGACCAGAGGGACCACGUGUCAGGGAAGAAUCCCACACGGAGCCUGGAUGUAGGCUUGCUGAUCGGCGCCUCAUUCGGACAGUUCACCAUCUGUUAUUUCACCAUCGUGGCUGUGGUGGCAACGGGUGCCGAGGGCCACCUCAACGCUCUCAACCUGGCUGUCUCCCUGCUCACUGUGAUCCAGCUCUGGCUGCAGAACAUCUUCAUCAUCGAGGGCCUGCAUCGCGAGCCCUUCCACGAAGACAUCCACCGGGCCUCUGUAUUCACAAACCCAUACGUCCUUCAAGCCCAAGCCCAUAGAGACAUACACAACCUCCCAGGGACAUUCAUGGAGACCAAGACGUCCCCGGCCCUCACAGUUCACAGUAUGCAUGUUGCUCCUUCUGCUCCUUCUAGCUCCCCCCUUCCUCAGCGCCAUAGGCUGACCUGGAAGAGGAGGGCCCUGAAGGAGAUCUGUGCAUUUCUGCUGCUCUGCAACAUCCUUCUCUGGAUCAUGCCGGCGUUUGGCGCCCGCCCCCAGUUUGACAACCCGAUUGGAGCAGAGUUUUACGAGUUCACCAUGUGGGCGGCUGUUGUGAAUAUUGGACUCCCCUUUGGAAUCUUUUACCGUAUGCACUCAGUCGCCAGCCUCUUUGAGGUCUUCCUAACCUCCUAAGCUGGAAAAUGACAGAAACUAUUCAGAACUAUCUUUUGUAUAAUAUUUUUUAUUAAAUAUUAUAACACGUUUUAUUUUAUUCCCACAACAAAUACAUAUGUAUACAUAUGAACAACCAUUUACAGCCGCACAGAAACAACAACAUCUCAUCUGCCCAGACCUGCAUGCUCACAUGCCCAUCCCUAGAACAACAACUAUGUCUCACCUGCCCAGACCUGUAUGCUCACAUGCCCAUCCCUAGAACAACAACUACAUCUCAUCUGCCCAGACCUGCAUGCUCACAUGCCCAUCCCUAAUUCCUGAAUUAUUGCUUGCCACUUGGCCUUAAAUUGUUCCCAUUAGUUUUCCUCGGUGGCCCAUGCUAUUUCAGCAUCUCAAUAAUCAAACAUGAGGUUUUUCCAUUGUGUUAGUGAUGGUGGAUUGAUUUCUAUGUUUUUUGUAUACAUCUUUUCAAGAUGAGUGAUGAGAAGAGAAUCUUGCAGCCCAUUGGGUAUCUCACUACCCCCCCAUAUGCCAUGUCUUGAAAUGUCCAGACAGACGGAUUAAAAGUAAGUUUACAUUGUAAUACUUCUGACAGCCAAUUGUCUAGCUCUGCCCACAACUUCUGGACUUUAUAGCAUUCCCAGAAAGCAUGGAUUGUUGAGUUAUUUUUAUUUUUACACUUAAGACAUGACUCUGCCCUUGUGCUGAAGAAUAUGUGAAUUCCGUAAAUUUAUACUGGAUUAAGCAUAAUUUCGUUAUUUAUGUUCCAACUUUCCCUCCUUCUUGUGUCAACGUCAAUUCUUUUUAAUUCUUGGUUCCUAGAGCUUAUAUAUUUUUUCUAGGAGAUAGUCAGUAGGAUAGGCUCUCUGCAAGGUUUUCUUCCCUAUCAUAUGAACAUCAUUUUCUGAAAUGUUUUUUUUAAGGUUGCUCUGAUGUCCAAACGAUUUCAAAUUGCAUUUUUUUUACAUGUAACUUCUUAGUUUUCCAUGUGUACCAAUUUAUUCUGAAAAGCUAUCCAAGAAUUGUUCCAUAAGGUUGUGUUUUAAGGGAGUGAUGUUGGUUCUUGUAGAAUACGUUACAUGUUCUUCCAUAUUGUUAUAUUGUUCUUAUCUGUGAAGUUGUUAAUGUUCUUAUCUUUAUCCUUUGAAAAUAAACAUGUAAAAAGAUUCCGGGGAUGAGUAUUCGCAUCUUCAAUAUUUACCCAUGGUUCAUCUUUAGUGUAUUCAACUAUAUGUCGCAAGUAAAAGCCUUGGGUGGCGAGUUGAUACAAUUCCAAGUCUGGGUGGUUAAAACCACCAUCAAAUUUAGGAAGAUGGAAAACUUUCCUUUCUAUUCUAUGAAUUUUACUUGCCCAUAAAGUCUGUAAUGACCAAGUAUACAUUUUUUAAAAUGUAUUCGCCACGGUAAUUGGUAUUACCGAAAAUAAAUACAAAAACUUUGGGAGCCAUGGCAUUUUGAAGAGCUUUAUUCUACCUGUAAAAUGAAUGGGAAGAUUGUUCCAUUGAAUUAGAUCUGCUUUCAUAUUGUUGAGUAAUGGAAUAAAGUUGUCUCUAUACA